GUCAAACCGUCUCCCUGAGGCCGCGGCCGCCAUGUUGUGGCGCCGACGCCGCUCAGUCUCCGGCGUUCCCUCCGCGGCCUUGCGGGCUUCCCCGCUCUGAGCCGCCGCUCCUUUACCUCAGCUUUGGGCCUCCCCUGGCCGGCGGCGGGGGUUUCGGGCGGCUCGGUGAGGGGUCGGGGUUACCCUCAGCCCCUUCCCCCUCUCCCCCGGGGACGGUGUGGGUGAAGUGAGAGGGAAAUGGCGAGCGGGGCCCACACCUCCCCCGCGGGCGGUAAAAUGCUGCAGGCCGUGGGCAACAAACGCGGUAUCGAGAGCCCGGCGCUCGACGAUGACUUUGGACAGAAGAGGAGGAAAAGAAGUCGCUGGAGCAAUGAGACUUCGGAUCAGAAAACAGUCAUUCCUGGGAUGCCGACUGUGAUUCCACCUGGACUGACCCGUGAUCAGGAGCGUGCUUAUAUCGUGCAACUUCAGAUUGAAGACCUGACCCGCAAACUGCGUACUGGAGACCUUGGUAUCCCCCCAAACCCUGAGGACAGGUCCCCCUCACCUGAGCCAAUCUACAACAGCGAGGGCAAGAGGCUCAACACCCGAGAGUUCAGAACUCGGAAGAAGCUGGAAGAGGAGAGGCACAACCUCAUUCAGGAGAUGAUUGCCCUCAACCCUGACUUCAAGCCGCCAGCAGAUUACAAGCCACCGGCCACACGUGUGAGUGACAAGGUGAUGAUCCCGCAGGAUGAAUACCCAGAGAUCAAUUUUGUCGGCCUGCUAAUUGGACCCAGAGGCAAUACAUUGAAGAAUAUCGAGAAAGAAUGCAAUGCCAAAAUCAUGAUCCGAGGGAAAGGCUCAGUGAAGGAGGGCAAGGUUGGCCGGAAAGAUGGACAGAUGCUGCCAGGGGAAGAUGAGCCACUGCACGCUCUGGUCACAGCAAACACGAUGGAGAAUGUGAAGAAGGCAGUAGAGCAGAUCCGAGGUAUCCUAAAGCAAGGUAUUGAAACCCCGGAGGAUCAGAAUGACCUGCGGAAGAUGCAGCUGAGAGAGUUGGCCCGCCUCAACGGCACUCUCCGGGAAGAUGACAACAGGAUACUGAGACCUUGGCAGAGCACGGAGCCCAGGAGCAUCACCAACACAACGCUGUGUACGAAGUGUGGUGGGGCAGGCCACAUUGCUUCUGACUGCAAAUUCUCCAGGCCAGGAGACCCACAGUCUGCUCAAGACAAGGCACGAAUGGACAAGGAGUAUUUGUCGCUGAUGGCCGAGCUAGGAGAGGCUCCGGUGCCAGCAUCAUCGUCUUCACAUACGAGCUCCGCACAGCCGAGUGUCCCACGGACUUCUGGGCCAGCCAGCAGUCAGCAGCAACUUCCAAAUAGGCCUCCGUGGAUGAACUCUGGUCCCUCAGACGCCAACAGACCCUACCACGGGAUGCAUGGUGGGCCGCACCCGGGUUUCCCCCCUCCUAUGCCCAGCAUGGGUGGGCAUCCGCUGUCCCACAAUCCCAAUGGGCCUCCACCUCCAUGGAUGCAGCCACCGCCACCUCCGAUGAGCCAGGGUCACCAUCCUGUGCAUCCCCCCAUGAACAUGAUGCACCACCCAAUGGGCAUGUUGCCGCCACCACCCCCACCUCCAGCCAGCCAGCCUCCACCCCCACCCAGUGGCCCCAUCCCACCCUGGCAACAACAGCAGGCCCAGCAGCAGCAGCAACAGCAGCCACCACCACCACCCAGCAGCAGUAUGGCCUCCAGUGCACCCUUACCCUGGCAACAGAGUGAGUGGAGCUUCAAGCGAGGGGGCCGCAAGGAGGAUUAAGAGGGGGCCUGUCUCUUCCCAACUCCCUCCCCAAAUCGCAGGACUUGCAAUGGAACCUCUGCUUUCCAGAAGAUGGACAGUGAAGGGGGGCUAUUAAUCACUGCCAGACCGUGAGCCGAGCAGCGGCUGUUCCCCAGAGCUGCUGCUUUCCGCUGCUGACCUCCAGCACACACGGCUCUCUGUUCCGGGUUUACUGUCCCUUUUAACCAACUACCUUUUUGUCUCGUGACAUUCUCGCAGGACCGGUGUGUUUAACCUUUUUAAUUCGAGCUUGAGGUUGGAAGCCCUGGUAUGUUUCCACGCUCUUGUUUCCUCAUGCUCUUACUCGAUGUGAAAUGUUUAAAGAAAAUAAAGUGGGGGAGGGGAACGGUAGGGGGAGGGGUGGGUGCAGGGUUCACAAAAUAAAACUCCUAUGUUUUCUUAGCUCUCGUCAUGUUUCUCUUCAUUUUUUUUGAUCAGACUGCUUACGUCCAGUGUGCUUUGGUUAAAGGAAUGUGCUAUGGUCGUCUUUUUUUAAAAAAAAAACUCACUCACUGUAUUUAAAAGGAAAAUAAAAUCCAAAUUUCUCCAA